UAAUUUCUCCAAUAAGCCAUUCUUAUUAUCAACAAUGCAACCGACAGAGCGACUAAUCCUUGGCCCUAAGUCCAGAGUCUCGUUGCUUGGUUCACAAGCUCAGGAUAGAGAAAUUCCCACUAGUCUACCAAUCACAAAUGUCCGUACACAUCCUCGCGUUUCAGACGGUAAGGAAGAUGCCAGUAUCUUCUUUAUUGGAACCGCUACAACUGUCCUGGAAUGGGGCGGUUUUCGCAUUUUGACAGAUCCGAACUUUUUGCAUGCGGGAGACCAUGUUCAUUUAGGGCCUGGUGUUACUUCCCGGCGCAAGACCAAUCCUGCUGUUGACCUCGACAAAUUGCCUCAAAUGGACUGCAUUCUGUUGUCUCACUACCAUGAAGAUCAUUUUGAUCAGCUGGUUGAGGACUCACUCAAUCGGGACUUUCCGAUUAUUACGACUCCUCAUGCCAAAGCAUGUUUGACAUCCAAGUCUAUCCCUGAGCCUUUCAGGGCUAUUCACGACCUGGACGUUUUCGAGAGUAUACUACUGGAAGACCCAACAAGCAUACAUACCGACCCAACAAAUGGUAACUCAACCACAUCUGUGAUUAGAGUGACCGGUAUGCCCGGAAAACAUAUCCCCCCGGGCCCUCUGUCUGUCAUCAAUGAUAUACUGAGUGCUGUACCACCCACAAAUGGAUGGCUCCUGGAGUUGGGAUGGAUCACUACUAAUUGUGAUCACCACUUCGACCAGAAUACUGAUGAGGAACUCAAGACGGGUUACCGCAUAUACAUUUCAGGAGAUACUCUUUUCGUCGAUGAGUUGAAAGAGAUACCAGAGCGACUCAAUGGCAAGAGAAUUGAUCUUAUGCUAGUUCAUCUGGGAGGCACAACUAUUCCGGGGCCCUCUGCGCCAUUGGUCAUGGUCACUAUGGAUGCCAAACAAGGAAUCCAGAUGAUCCAUCUUAUUGACCCAGAUAUUACGAUACCAAUUCAUUUUGAUGAUUAUGACAUUUUCCUGUCACCACUGUCAGAUUUCAAGAAUGAAGUCGAACAGGAAGGCCUGCGAGAGCGUGUUGUGUAUCUUGAGAGAGGGGAUCAGUAUCGUUUUACUGUGCAAGAUUCUUUUCAUGAUGGUGAUCAGUAACUCUGACCAGCUCGCAAACACAGAAGGUACAAUAUUAAAAUAAAUGCUACCAUUGUAUUGAAGAUGCAACUAAUUUCGGACUAUUGUUCUUGGAUAUGGUAUCAUCUCCAAUCACGAGCACAGUUCUGCAUUUAUAUUUAUCUAUGAUGUUGUUUGUGAUGGCAUAUAACUAGUAAAUAUAAUGAGG